AGCAGGCAUCUGCUGGCUAUGCUCACAGCCUUUGCUCUCGUUUCCUCUUGAUUCCUUUGCAGUGCACAGUGCACACAAUCCCCGAAAGAGAAACAGCACAGAGGGAGAAAUGGUAACAUCAGUAGGCGGUGUUAUUCUAGACGAGUCGGUGCUAAUAGACAAUUCCGGCACCGCCGCAUUACGACCGGAAGCUCUCUCGCUCCUCCGUAAGCUCCGCCAUUCCAAUCUCCACUUGGCAAUUUCUUAUUCACCUGCUCUUUCCAAUGAUAAGGUUAGCCUGCUCAAGAAGAUGGCAAUGCAAUACUCUUUUGAUUGCUUUAUCUUGGAUGGUUCAUCUAUGGAUGAUGCCUUGAAGGUGGUAACUUUGGCUUGGGGUGAUAUUGGAGGGACUAUUUUGUAUCUUGUUUCUAAUCACAAGAAUGAUUGUUUUAAUCAACUAAGCAAUUUGGGUUGGAUUAUUGUUGUCUUGGAUGCUGAAGCUUCUGCUGCAUUUGAUAAUUCAACCGUUCUUUGUAUAAAUAAACUACAAGAAUUGCUUUUGACCAUUUGCCACUUAAAUAUCAAGGCGAAUGGCAACAAUGUUGUGACUGUUGGCUAUGUCAUGAAGCCUUCACGUGAAGAAGAUUUUGCUAAGAGGGGUGCGUUCCCUAUCUCUUCUACUCCAAAUGGAUUGAUAUUUCUUCCCCUGACAUUUGAAGUGCCCCUACGAUCUCAAUUACAACAUGUUGACAUAGUUCUGCAUAAAGCAACAGAUGAAAUCAUCUCUGUUGAAUUAAGUGAUUCUGCAGAAUCCUCGAGCAAAAUUACUUACACCACAGGCAUGCAGGAAUUGCGAAGGUAUAUGGAAAAUAACUCCGAUUGCUUUGUGAUUGACCCACUUGAUAAAAUAUACCCUGUAUUGGAUCGGCUAAAAAUCCAACAAAUUCUUCUUGGACUAGAGGAUAUCAAUGCAGAAGGCCGCCAUACAAUCAGAGGACCACAUUUUCUAAAGGUGAAUAAUUUUAAUGAACCUGAUUUGGUACUGAGGCUGUCAAAAGCUAAACUAUUUCUUCCAAGUAUAGUCAAACCUCAAAUUGCCUGUGGGGUAGCUGAUGCUCACAGUAUGGCAAUUGUCUUCAGAGUUGAAGAUUUUAAGGAUUUAGGUGUUCCUCUUCCAGCUGUUGUUCAAGAAUAUGUAGACCAUUCAUCCACUUUGUUCAAGAUUUAUGUCCUGGGUGAAAAAGUUUUCUAUGCUGUUAAGAAGUCUACACCAAAUGUUGAUAUAUUGAUGAAUUUAUCUAAAAAGAAUGGUCUUGGGCCUUUACUCUUUGACAGCUUAAAAUCUCUUCCCACUAGUACUGAGCAAUCUAGAAGUGAGGAUCCCUCCGUGGCCAACGGCCAUCAUUUUGAUCUUGGUCUAGUCACUGAUGCUGCAAAUUGGCUUGCAAGAAAACUUGAUCUUACCAUCUUUGGUUUUGAUGUUGUUAUUCAGGAAGGCACAGGUGACCAUGUCAUUGUGGAUGUAAAUUACCUCCCAUCAUUCAAGGAAGUGCCAAAUGAUGUUUGCAUUCCUGCCUUUUGGGAUGCUAUUAAAAUGAAGUUUGAAUCAAGACAGAGGAAAUAAAAUGCUGUGAAUGUGGCCUGGAAGAUGAUAGGUAGUUAGUUCUGGAGUGAACUUGAUCAUAUUGACUAAGACAAGAAUUGGAAAACUUCCGAAAUCUAAUAAUCUUAAAAACUUUUCUUGAGAGGACAAGUGAAAUACAGAAUUUAUAUCCAAAGGAACACAUACUCGAGCAGUUCAAGGAAUGUAGAGUGUCUGGGUUCUGUUAUUAUGCUUGUCACUAAUCUUUCUCCCAUAGUUUGUUAGACUGGAGAAAUCCUGAGCCUGAAAAAUAAAAUCUUUUUACUUGCUGCACCACAUACCUGCAAUGGUUAAAUUUUGAUAGUUCCUGAAUGCACCAACGGCUUGGUAUGCAGUUGUCAGUGCUGCUAGUUCUUCCAUUUUCAUUUUUGUGUUAACACCACUAUGCUUGGUUUAUAGAAUAGCAUGGGAAUUGACUUUUGAUCUCAUAUUGGGAAAGCAUAUUCAACACAAAAAUUCGUGUUUUUAUAACAAUGAACUAUUUUCAUGUACUGAAUUAGUGCAUAAACUUUCAUGCUAUUCAUUCAUAUUAUGAGCAAUUCUUAACUUCUAUUCAA